ACUAAUUUAAUGUUGUCGCAAUGUACGAUAAAAGCAUCGCCGUUGGAUUUAGUAUUCAUUGUCGACAGUUCUGGAUCGUUGAGAAAUAAAUUCCAGGAUGAAGUCGACAUUAUCCGACGAAUUGUCAAGCAUGUAACUAUUGGUGAUAGCGCUACACGGGUCAUGCUUAUUCAAUUUAGUGGUGUUCAACAUUUGGAAUUCAAUUUCAAUAAAUUCACUACUCGAGAGGAUAUUCUAAGCGCGUUAGCUGUGCUAAGACAUGUUUCGGGAAUUACUCGUAUCGGUGAUGCAUUAGAAUUUGCAAUGAAUAAAAUGACCGCUGAGAACGGAAUGCGGCCUUCGAAUGUUCCAAAGAUAAUUUAUCUAUUAUCAGAUGGUCGAACUCAUGAUUAUCCCAAACAUGUUGAGAUUGCUGAUUUAAUUCGACAACGUAUUCGUAAUGUUGAUAUAUAUGCAUAUGGUACAGGUGAAUAUGUUGCCAUAAGCGAGCUUCUCGCCAUCACUAAAGAUAUUCAUAAAAUCGUAACAAAUGAAAAUUUACAAAAUCUUGAACCAAUGUUCGAUGCUUGGAAAGGAACAGAAGUUUGCGAAAAGCAACCAGUAUGCGUGAAAGGAUCGGAUAAACCACUUGAUCUUGCUUUAUUAAUCGAUUCGUCGGAAUCUGUUGCACGCUUAUUCGACGAUCAAAUUCAUUUCGCUGUUGAUAGAAUUGUUCAAAAUAUCAAUAUCCAUCCGGAUGCCGUAAGACUUGCUUUAAUAACGUAUUCGGGACAAGCUUAUGUUCACUUUACUUUCAAUGAUCAAAGAUUCUCGAAUAAUACGGUUGUUGCGGAUUAUUUAAAGAAGUUGAAUUCGAUAAAAGGGACAACAUCAACACAUUUGGCCCUACAUGAAGCAUAUGAAUUAUUCAUUAAUCGGGAGGGAAAUAGCGGCGCUAGAGAAGGAGUAAAGAAAUUAGCCAUCGUUUUGACCGAUGGCCAUUCGCAACGAUCACCGAGAAAUCUUGCGAAACGUUUAAGAGCCGAAGGCGUUGAUAUUAUUGCUAUCUCGAUGACACCUGAGCCAUAUGUUGAUGAGGGCGAAUUGUUGACUAUUACUCAAGAUCCAUCGAAAAUAUUUAUGCCUGGAAAUAUUCAGAAUUUCGAGGCUGAAUUUAUGAAAUAUAUCGGUUUUGGCUGCCCUGGUAUUGAUCUCGGUGAACACCCAACACCUCGUAUCAGAGGUGCAACUGAUGUAUCCUGUGGGCCAAACUAUGUCUCAUUUACAGUUCGUACACAAAAACCUAUGGUCGGUUUGAUGUACGCUCAGUUAUAUCAUGAUGAUUCAAAAUGUGUUCAGGUAGCAGAUGGCAGAUCUCGUGAAAUAUCAAUAACCUUCCUUGAAGGUACAUGUGGAUUAUCAAAAACGCCAUCCAUUCAUUUGGAUGGAUUUUUUUACAAUAUAACCGUUAUUUUACAAUUCCAUCCAAUUAUAAUUACUCGUGCUGAUCAGGGAUUAAGCGUUUCGUGCUUUUAUGAGCAAUCAUUAUCGGAACAAGAAAUCGGACGAUCAACAUUAAAAAAAUUAACCGAUACGGAAUGUUCGUAUAGACUUCAUCGUUUCUCUCCCGAACAAUGCGUUGCUCUUGAUGCUAAAGUUGGGGAAACGCUUUACCAUAAAUGGGAAUGUGAUAGCCCACCAAAUUAUCAAUAUUUGGUACACGAUUGUUAUGUGAAAUCAGAAACAAAAAAUUUCAAAAUUCUUGACUCGAAUGGAUGUGAAAUCGAUCCACAAUUUUUAGAAACACCAGAUUAUUCAAAAUUUUUAAAAAAACCCCGAAAAGGUGAUGCAUAUGUUUAUAAAGAAAUGAGCGUCUUCAAGUUUCCCAGCGAUAAUAAUGUCGUCUUCCAAUGUCAAAUAUCUCUAUGUGAUAUGGAAAGUGGUGCUUCUUGCAUAUCAAAAAUUGUAAGAAUUUUACCUCAAAUAUAUUUCAGUACUCAAAUUUUUUUUCUUCCUCCUUAUCGAAACGAAAGAUCAGCACCGGAAACGAAAAAUGGAUUCUCUAUGACAAUGAACGUUGAAACAAGGACUCUGAAUGUUCUUGAAAAUGAAUCAAUUCGUCCACCAGUACCAGUUAAAUAUUGCGACAUUCGAAUGUGA